UUUAGCGUGUAAGUCAACGAUUUCGUAUAUCCAGCGAGUCGGAAGGUAUUAUCACAACGCAAAUGUGCGACCUAAAUCUCGUUUACUGUACCGUGGCAGUCCACCCGGAAGACAGCUAAACGCAUAUCGUUCAAGCGGGAAAAGCACCCUGUUUGCUGUCUUCGUUAAAACAUGGCUUUAGUGGAUCGACUAAUGACAUCAAAAUCAAAUGGGGACUCCUCAUCCUCUACAUCACCACCAUCAAAGGCAGCUUCAGCAGCUGUUUCUCUGAUUGAAAAGAAAACAGAGGAGGCACUACCCUCUGUGGGAAAAACAGGCAGUCUUUCACCACAGCUACCUAAAGCCUGCACUUCAAAUCCUAAGGAAGACGCAAAGAAGAGUCCACACCUGUCAGUACUCAGCCUGAGAAAGCCAAAGUCAAGGAAUAGUUCUGAAAAGCCAUCGUUACCAUCAACUGAUCUGUCACAAGCACCACAGCCGCUACCUCCAGACCCAGGCACAGCUCAGUCCAAACCAUCCAGACUUCGUCUGCCUAAUUCCAGUCCCAUGGACUAUAAUGUCUGGAAUGACUCAGUAGACCCUUCUCCUUCAGAGUCUGAGUCUGAUUCUGAUCAGGACCUUCCAGACAUGCUGUCCUGUCCAGAAGUAUCCAAGGCACUUCCACAGAAAGGUGAUCCUGUCUGGGUAAAACACAGGAACUACAAUUUCUGGCCUUGUUUGGUAUUAUCUAGCAACCAUAAAACAAAAAAGAUUAAUGUCCUCUUUCUGGAUCAAACCAAUGGCAUUAACGUGCGUUUAGGGGAGAGGAUAUACCUGAAAUACAACCGGAAAAAAGUGCUUCCUUAUAACCACCAGAACAAGAAACAGUUUGAGGCUGAAGGAAGCUCACUUACUGGACCAUUGCAGAAGAGUUUCCAGGCAGCUAUCCUAAACAUGGAAGAUUAUCUUACAAAGCGAGCUUUAGGGCACAUCACACCUUAUCACCAUUUCUUCGGUGAUACUUCUGCCAGUUCUAGUGGUUUGGUUGGUGACAGCAUGAGCAAUGUCACACAUGGAAAUGAGGGAUCACUUUCAGAAACAAAUGAUAAACAAGAAGAGAACCGGCCAUUAAAUUGUACAGCAGACACAACUACACCAGCAAACAAAUGCAGGAAUCCCACUCGUAAGCGGACAUUGACCCCUGAUGAAAGAAGGGAGAGACGUAAAAAGACCAACGAACCCUUGGUUGACUACAUAUGUGCAGAAGACAUGAAGGAUUACCUUUUCAAGAUCUGGAAGAGGCACAUACCAUCUGAGCGACAUGAGAAGUUUUUCAAGGGACAGAAAGAAAGGCGGGAACUACAGGAAACAAGUUUUGGUCCCAUCGAUGACGAUGACCAGCUUGACAAAAUCAUAGAGAAUCUUGGACAAUGGUGGCAAGAGGCAUCAGGAGAGACAAUUCCCAACACAGACUACUUGUUUGGUGUAUGGUUACCUGAGGCAAUCGUGAAAGGGCUGUGCAAAUUUAAAAAAGUUGGAAUGACAAAAGCAUGGGAGUAUUUCAGACAAGGGAUAAAGCUGUCCAAAGUAGAACGGAAAGAGAUUCAGGACUCCCUGUUGGGAAGAAUAAUACAUACCACCUAGUUCCGGGUGAGUGAGGCAUAUGGCAUGGAUUCUGAAAUUAUGUUCUUCACACUUUUGAAGGAUUCUGGGAUUGUUUGUAUUUAUAGUUGAAGGCAUGGUGAAAGGGAUGCCCCCUUUGAAGACAGCAGUGUACCAGACUUGCAGCUCACCAGAUCUUCCAUGUUAAUGUCAGUGAAGAGAUGACUUUAUGUUGCUUUCUGGUAUUUAAAAAAAAAAAAAACCUUUAUCUGUAUUUCUAGUCAAGCUCAUCCUCACCUGUUGUACCUCUCAGGUAUAUUUUGAAGCCAGUCAUCUCACAUAAGCCAGAGUGCAACUGUUUUUCCAUGAUAAUCCAUGGAGGUCAUGUCUGUUUGGUAUGCCAGCCUCAGGAGAAGAUUUUGAGAUGUUUUCAGGUAAUUAACUCAGGCUUCAUAUACUGUAUUUUGUACACAAAUGCUCACUUAUUUCUUCCUGUUAUUUUUUUAGUUCCUUUUUUUUUUAUUUAAUUAAUUGAAAAGUAGUUAAUUAAAAAAAAUGCCCAAAAAAAUGUCGAACAAGCUUUCCAGAUAGUCAUAGUAUCAAACUUUUGCACCGAGAAGACAUUAAAAACUGAAAAUUAUGAAGAUUAUUUUUGUAUUGGUAGAUUCAUUGAAAUUAACCUCAUUGAUAGCAAAUUUAAAAAAACACCCUCAUUUAACAUUAUUCUUUGUCAACUCUAUUCACUUCAACACGGAAGAAGAAAAAAGCACCUGGUAGUCUGAUUAUUGUUGUCAUAUAUGGCAUGUUGACGUAUAGUGUAUUUUAUGAAGAGAAUUUAAGUCUAUUGUUGUGGACACAGUUGUUAUGAACAUGUAUUCAUGAUAUGUUGCUUCAAGACAACAAUAAAAUCUCACUAUUCUCCUUACUUAUAUAAAUCAGAUCUGGACUGUUUAAGAUAAAGAUUUUUUUAUGUAGGUGGCCUUCAAAGCAGCAUUUUAUUCUGAUAAUAUUUGUCAUAAAAAUUUAGUAAAUAUUUCUAUCGAGCAUAGUUUGACAUGUAAUAGGCAUCUUAUGACUAUUAUUAUUAAAUUGGCUUUUGGGUAUUCUAAAUAAUAUGAAUAUAAAGAUGUACACAAGUAUAAUGCUCUGCCACAACACUAGAGUUAUACAUGUCCUGACCAUGAGUGUGCAUAACGUGUCUGUGUUUACCUUGUGUGUGGGUAGUUGUGUCUGUUGUAGAAGUGGGUUUCUUACAUGAAAAAUGGGUGCAUGAUGUUCAUGAAUGCCUUUAUGUUGUUAGGUCUGUCUAUCACUUCUGUAAAGCAAUUUGGAUAAAUCAUUGGAAAAAUGCUAUAAAAAUGUUCAUUGUUAGUAUUAUGCUUAAAGCGUAUUUCAAUUACAUGAAAAAUGGAAACAGUAGAAAGCAUACAACAAAGAAAAACAAUGAAAGCUGCAGAUGAAACAAUAGCCAGAUGAAAACCUGUGGCCUGAAAUCCCAGAUGUUUGCAGAUAGAAAGAUAUUAAAUAUUUCAGGUAUCCAUUUAAUCCCUUUUUUUUCAGGGAAUUUAUAGUAUUUCCAGCUGAGUCUGGACUGAAUAAUAUUUUUGUUUAAGAAAUAUAUAAUCAAAAAUUUUUAUUUGAUGGGAGGUUUGGAAUAUCACAUAUGCUACAGAUAAUUUUGAGUUUCAUGCAUCAAUGAUAGCUGAGCUUGUGGCUGUAAAAAAUUUUGUUGUUUCUUUUUUGUGAAAGGGGAUAUUUAAGAAAACUCUUCUGUUGUUAUGCUUCUAUUCUGCUUGUUAAAGUCUCUGAUGUACGUUGUUGUAUUGAACCUAUGAAAUUGUACAUAUUGCUGUCUUGGAUAUAACAUUGAUAUACACAUGGUCACAAACCAGGCAGUUUGGCUGCUAAACAAAAUGUUUUGAACAAAUGUGCAGUUCAUCUUGAAAAGUUUUCUCCGUAUAGCUUUGUAAAAGUCUUUAUAAAUAUGGAAUCACACACUGCAGAUUUUACAGAGGUAAUCCCAUCUGUACAUAUAUCUUACAAAUUUGUGGUGAUGUUGUUUCUUUGUUUUAUAUGCUUGUUAGUAAGUACUUUGCUUGAGAUUGUUUGUUGUGAUGAAUCAUAUGUAAUAGGGGAACAAUGUGGAAGAGUAUCACACAAAGGGAUCCUUUGUCAUGACAACAUUGAUAACUACAGGUGAAACUAAAAUUUUUUUCAAAUUUUACAGAAUAGUAUUCAUAUCAGAGCUUUUUGUGAUAAAGCUAUACAGUGUGUCAAUAGAAGGCAAUAAUAAUAAUAAGUGAAAGGUGUGUGUAAAGUAUUGCAUGUCGUGGCCUGUGAACUACAUUUAAUUGUAAAUUUCACAUCAGCAUAAGCAGCUGAAAUUCAGCGUCACAGGUUUUACUUGUUGUGGUUUUUUUUUUGUGUGUGUGUUUUUUUUAGGGGGAGAGAUAUUUUGUUGUUUUUCAGAAUUUGCUGUGUGUGAAGUCAGUGGGGUUGUCUUGUGAGCAUUAAUGUUUUGAUUGUAGAGCCAAGUCAUCCAUGUGUUGUUUUUUGGGGAGGUGUCAUGUCCUGAAGAAAGUAGACUGAAAUGCAAAGGUUAUUAAGAUGCGGGUGUAUUUUGCAUUUAUUCCAAAACCACACAUUAAGCAGAUGCAAUAACUGGUUGCUGUGUUGUAGUUGUGAAGCUUAGUCUAUGGCUUUUCUUUUGCUACACCCAAACCCUGCAUCCAAUUGCGGUUACACUUAUAUUUAUAUUUCCUACCAUUUCUCUGUUAAGAAAAUCAUUUCGCAAAUAAAUUACUGUGAUUCUGAAUUCUGUUAACACGUUUUCACUUUGGCUGUUUUAUCACAUUGAAGCCAAUGUGAGUUAAGCCCAAAACUUGGAUUUGAUCGGCGAAAGCUUCACAUAAAAGAAAAAAAAGUUGAAGGGACCAAACAGUAAAUUCAUAUUUUUCAUUGUUCCUUGCCACUUCAUUGUUGAGCAUAGAGCUUGCAUAACCAUCUCCACUUUAGAGGGUCUUUAAUUUCUUGUGCCUCCUCCAUUGAGCUCUCAUUCAGUUCUAACUUCUACAUAGACAUCUGUUAUUCCCAUUUCCCGGAGGAUUCAGUCGUACUUUCAGAUUCUUGCUAUCAAACAAAUAUUAUUGGUAGUGCAUUGUCUAGUAAAUGUUUUACCUUGUUAAUGAUAACUCUGUGUCUUUGCCAAAAUCAAUAACAGUGAAGCCAAUUAUUGGAUGUCUCAUCAUAAGACCUGCGUCUCCCUGGUGAAUAUUUGUACCUGUGUAUGACUGUGUUUUCAUUAAAGAGACAGCUUUGAUAAGUUGCUGCACCACUAAACUCAUUUCAGUCUAGCUUGCUUUAAAUUUGCUGAGUUUUGUGUUUGUGAGACUUUCAUUAGAAAACAGGUGUGCAGCAAUCUCAUGUUUAGAUUUUGUAAUGGGGACCACAGAUGAUGCAGAGUCCAUCAGUUGGAUAUAACUUUUUCUGUUAUGAAACCAGUGUUAUGAUUGUGCACACAAAAACUGACUUGAGAAUUGUACAUUUUCUGAAUAGUUUUACUGAAGAAAGUAGAAUUUGCUUAAAACCAACUUUCAGUUGCCACCAUAGCUUAUCAAAGAUCCUGAAGACUGAAUGUGCUUAAGGUUCAGCUUUAGUUUGCAUGGACAACCUGAUUUAGGACAAGUCCUACCCUUGUGAGAGUUCUGUGUUGAAAGUGUCUGUAAAAUAGUGGCUGUAGCCUUCCUUGACUGAUAUUUUUGUAAGCUGCAGAACCUAUCACUUAGGUCCAGACUUCCCCACUUUAAUAAACAGUUUUCUGGGCUUAUACUUCAAUUUCUCUCAGAUCACAUCAUUUCUUGCACUUGCAGAUUGCUGUAAACAAGUGUGCCAAUAAAUCUAACAUUAUUCUACCAUGCCCACCCACUGCCACCUGACAGUACAAAGAGUCCCUAGUUUAACCUGCGGUUACCUUCCACUCAUAACGUCUACCUGUAUGCUUAACCUAUCUUAAAUACAUUUGAGGCUUGCUGUGUUUGAAGAUAUUUUAAAUCUGUCCCAUCCCCAACCCCCUUGUACCAAAUGGAACGAAAUUCUCUCUCCCUGGUUUUUCUUCGUGUGUUAUCACAUCAUGAUCAUUGCAAACAUUUACGCUUGAUCCAUCAGAGGCAGCAAACGGUCUGUUAGAAUGACAGGUCGUCAGUGUUCAGGGCUGUUUCCUUGUAUUUGGAAGGAAACAUCACUAUUGGCCAGUACAAUGAUUUUACAGAAUAACAUCAGAAUGUCUUACUGCUGCUGUCAGGGCACAUUUUAUAUCAAGGAUGCACACCAUGUUUCAUAAAUAUCAUUCCUAUUUUCUGUUUUAUUUUUAACUGAACAUUUGUUAUUGUUCAAAAUGCUUUAUGGUAAAUUUUGUAUUUGUCAUCAUGUGUGGACUUUAUUAUCAGUAAGGAGGGUAGAUGUUUCACAAGUUGCACUUGUUUAAAAAAAAUGGGGGGGGGGGGUAUUUUGGUGACUUUUUGUACUCUUGGUCCCAUUGAUUCUGACUAGGUUGUGCUAUGGGAAUUGACUCUAAAGGUGCCAUACUGAAGAAUUUUCAUGUUUGUCAUCUUUCCUUGGCAGCUUGCCUGUUGCCACUGCUGUUUAUGAUUUCAUAUGCAUAUGGGCAUAUGCCCAUAUUGUUUUCAUAGCAUUUAAAGCUUUCUUACAAGGCAAAUGCUCUAUAGUGUACAAUAAUAAGUGCUUCCAUUUUCUUUUCUUAUGUUAUGCACAUGUAUCUUACUUACAGCAAGCUUGUGUUUUGUAUGUUUGGUUUUUCGUGAUUUGGUAAUACAUUUGUUGUUCUAUGUUCUAAAAGUGUAGGAAUUUCUCUUUUCUUAAAGAACACUUAAUUGUGCUUAAGUUAGAUAAUAACGAUAAUAAAUGCAAGAUUUGUGUAGCGCGUACUCACGCUUGUAAGAAGCAUGCUCAUAAUACUUAAGGACAGGAACAAGACAUGGAAAAUACACGAGGGACAGAAGAACAAACAACAUAUAAAUGACAGAAUGAUAAACAACAGUACUGAUGAUGAAUAAAAGAGAAACAGAAAAUAAAAAGAGGAACCAAAUAAAAAGAUCUGAGAGCAUCAUGAUUUUGCAAAGGAAGACAAGUACCAAUAAGUAAAAAUGGUGGAAGGUGUGUGGCAAAGGACUAGCAUAGGAGUAAUAAUCAAGGAAAAGGUGCAUUUAUAGUACACAUUUAAAGGAUUCAAUGGUGGGUAGGUGGCAGAUAUGGAAAGGGAGAGAGUUCCAUUGUUUUGUAUCACCAUAGCUAAAAAUCCUGUUACCAUAUGUUGUGAAACAUGAAAUAUCUUCAAAUGAUGUUGGUAAACUAGAAACCAAGGGGAGAGUUUUUACUGGGGCUAGAUCUGGGGGAAAAAACAUCUCAGAGGCCAAACAUGUCCUGUUAUAUUUGAUGGUCAUGUAGGUAUCUCCAUUGUUUAUAUUUCUUUUUGAAUAGCCUUAACACUUCAUUGUUCAUUUGUCCUUGUUUGUUUAGGUGAAUCAUUAAUGAAGGAGGAAAUUCCCACCAUAUGCUUGAUUCUUCCGUUGGAAUACUCCAUUUGGUGAUGUCAUUAUUAACAUGGAUCACAAAGAGUAAUAGUUCUCUUAUCUGUAAGAGACUGCUGAAGAAAAGUCAUUAAUACUGUUAAGGUUACUGCAGUCAAAAACUAUUAUACUGACAUUUUAUAAAGAGCAUCAUAUUUCUUAUCUAAAUUCAUACUUUAUGUAAUCAGAAGACCUUUUUUUCAUACAAAACAGUUUAAAAUACAUCUUUGGUAAAAAUGCUUUUGCAAGAUAAAAGCAAAAACUUCACUAAUCAAUUUUAAAUACAUUAGCUACACCACUUGUGAGGAAAAAUACAGCUGAAUUUACACACUUUCUAAAACAAAUGUGUACAGAAAUUGUUUAAAUUAUAUUGCCACUUCAAGAACAGGUUAAUACUACAAUAACAGUUUGUGAUAAGAGUGAAGGUGUAUUAACAGUAAUAUUAGGUCAAUUUAAGGAUAGAUUUUCUUGACACUUUCUGUGGAUAGCUUUUUUUUCCCCAAAGCAGGCAAAGAAAGGGAAAAUGCUUCAUGUGUCUUGCCCUUGUAGAAGGUAGCAUUUAUGCGGCAAGACCCACUCUGUGUUAUGUCGAGCCAUGGUGGGUAGGACAUCUGGGUUAUAUGGGUAGGAAUUGCCAGUCUUACAUUAUGUAACAAGCAUACACACACCACUUCUAGGACAACUGAUAGAAAAGUAAAGAUUCUGCAGACUAUUUCAUUAUAAAAUUUUGACAGUAACCAUUCUGCUCAGAGGUUUGAACAAUACACUAAGCUUGAACCUCAGUAGCCCAAGAUUGUGAACAAGAACCCGAUGUUAAAUGGAUUGGAGUAGUCAUGUGACUUCAAAGGGGCAGCAGUGCAGGAUGUGCCUUAGCCUUAUAGUAAUGCCUGUGCUUUCCUGCUCAGAACACAUUUACUGUACUGGAAGGCCAUAAAUUCAACAGUUAAUAUGUGGACCACAAUAGGCAUUUGUGAAUUUAAACAUAGAACUUGAUAUAAUCAAACCUAUAGAUUAUUUUUCAGAAGUCUAAGCUUAUUAAUUAACGUGAUAUGGAGAGCUGUGUUUGUUUUCUUACCAAAUAUAAAUCUUCUGUUUUAUUGAAGAUUAAUAUGUGCAUGGUCACUUCUUAUUGCCCCUGCUGUACUGUGCAAUUUGUAUUCUGUACCUGAUUUUGCUUUUCAAAUGAAAAAAAUUAUUUUUGAAGGGAGAGGGCAUUGGAGAAUGAUGCAUUGGUAAAUAAAAUAUUUGCUGCUUUAUUGCUUUACCCAGUUUUACAGUUCCAUCCCUAGGUAAAUAUUGUUAUUUAAGUACUUGUGCUUGUAAAGUUAAUGGUUUACCCUUCUGUGUAGUGUUAUGUUUAGCUUAUUUCUAUGAUGUUAGUACUCUGGUGGUAUUAUGUUUACGCCAUAUCAGUGGCAUAAAAUAGGUUGGUUCUAUAAUUGUCACUCACAGCUGGCAAUACACAUUGUUGUUAUGCUUUGGUAUUUGUCUUCAGGAAAACCAUUGUAUAAAAAGGAAAAAAAGAAAUCAAGAUGCGAAAAAAAAAGCCCAACGAAAAAAAUGGGAGUAGAUUGUAAGAAAGAGGAUUGAUACAAUGUCAUAUUUAUACAAACAAAAAUAUUUUAAAAUAGUGUAGUGUCUUAAUUAUAAACCAUAAUUAUGUUCAAUCUCGUUAUCAGUAGAUGAGAUUAAUUUGUUUAUAAUUAUUGGGUAAUGUUGGUGUUGAUUUUGAUAUUAGCCAUGUUGAUUUGAAACCCAUACUUUUUCCCCUACCUCUUUUUUUUGUAAGCAAAGAGUCCUUGGUAUAUGGAAUAAUGGAUAAUAGAGAAGAAGUUUGUUUUGCAUAUAUUUUCAUUUGCUGUGGUAAAAUGUGAAUAAGCCAGCAUCCCUGAUUGAGAGUUAAAGUACUAAAGUGUGCAUUAGAUCUUUAAUUUAAAAAUAUGUCAAAGAUUCAGAAAUAUAAGAGGUAAAUGAUCUCAAAUCUACAAAGGUAUUUUGAGUUUUUGCUACAUUAUUAAAAGCUUGAAUAUGUACUUCAGUGCAUUAUGACCCAAUUUUAAAGAGGGGCUUAGCUUUAUGUUCUUUGAGUUAUACCACCCUCUUGAGAUAUGAAAGAAGGGUGUUUAUGUGUGUUGAUGCAUGCAGUUUGUUUUUUCUUCUCUGUAUCCCUCUUAUGCCCCAGUCACCUUUUUUCCCCUUCUCUUCCCCUCUCCCAUUCUCUUUCACUUUCUUCCUUUGUCUUUCUCUUACUCACACCCACUGUAAUGAAAGUUUAAGUUACCUAAGACUCAUUGAGUCAAAGUACAGACCACAUUAGAAAAAUGCAUUCUGAUUUCUUUUAAUUCAGAUGUAUAUUGUCAUCAAAUAUCAUUAUAUUUAACUUUGCUGCUAGAAACAAAGAACCACUGUUUUGAUACAACAAGCUUUUAUGUUUCUAAUAAAAGUCAAAUAUUCCAUUGGACAUUGAUUGUUCCUGCAUUUUCCACUCCCUGAUGCAGUGAUGAUGUAAAACAGUCUUUAAAUAUAAAGCUAUAAAAUUUAUUUUUCAGGGAUUGCUUGUGCAGGUAUGUAAGAAGAGGAGUGGGGAGAGAGUCAGAGAUCAAGUAAAUCUCAAAUGUUACAAAAAAAAA